GCAUGUCGUGGGUGCCCGCCCCGCCGCCCCGCCGGCCCCGCCGCCCCGCCGCGCCGCAUGCAGACUAACAGGGAUGCCAAAGGAAAAAUAUGAUCCUCCAGAUCCUCGCAGAAUUUACACCAUCAUGUCAGCAGAAGAGGUAGCCAACGGGAAGAAGUCACACUGGGCUGAGUUGGAGAUCUCAGGCAGAGUGCGGAGCUUAAGUUCGUCGCUCUGGUCGCUGACGCACCUGACGGCUCUGCACCUCAAUGACAACAAUCUUACUCGCAUUCCACCUGAUAUUGCCAAGCUCCACAAUCUGGUUUACCUGGAUCUGUCAUCCAACAAACUCAGAAGUUUACCAGCAGAACUAGGAAACAUGGUGUCUCUCAGGGAAUUGCUUUUAAAUAACAAUCUGUUACGGGUUUUGCCUUAUGAACUUGGACGGCUCUUCCAGCUACAAACCCUGGGUUUGAAAGGCAAUCCUUUAUCCCAAGAUAUUCUCAGCCUCUACCAGGAUCCAGACGGAACCCGAAAGCUACUGAACUACAUGCUUGACAAUCUAGCAGUUCAUCCAGAGCAGCUGCCUCCAAGGCCAUGGAUUACUUUAAAAGAACGAGACCAAAUUCUGCCCUCAGCUUCAUUUACAGUUAUGUGUUACAAUGUGUUGUGUGAUAAAUACGCCACCCGGCAGCUCUAUGGCUACUGCCCAUCCUGGGCACUCAACUGGGAGUACAGGAAAAAGGGAAUCAUGGAAGAAAUCGUCAACUGUGAUGCAGAUAUCAUUAGUCUUCAGGAAGUGGAAACAGAGCAAUACUUCACCCUUUUUCUGCCAGCCUUGAAGGAACGGGGAUACGACGGAUUCUUUUCUCCGAAGUCACGUGCCAAAAUCAUGUCCGAGCAGGAGAAAAAGCAUGUGGAUGGCUGCGCCAUAUUCUUCAAAACUGAAAAGUUCACGCUGGUGCAGAAGCACACGGUGGAGUUCAACCAGGUGGCCAUGGCCAACUCGGAAGGGUCGGAAGCCAUGUUGAACAGAGUGAUGACCAAGGACAACAUCGGAGUCGCCGUGGUGCUGGAGGUGCACAAGGAAUUAUUUGGAGCAAGUAUGAAAUCGCUUCACGUGGACAAGCAGCUGCUCAUCGUGGCCAAUGCCCACAUGCACUGGGACCCCGAAUACUCAGAUGUGAAACUCAUCCAGACCAUGAUGUUUGUCUCGGAACUGAAAAACAUCCUGGAGAAAGCCUCGAGCAGGCCCAGCAGCCCGACAGCAGAUCUGAACUCCAUCCCUCUGGUGCUGUGUGCGGAUCUCAACUCCCUGCCUGAUUCAGGUGUAGUGGAAUACUUAAGCAACGGCAUAGUGGCUGACAACCACAAGGACUUCAAGGAGCUGCGUUACAACGAGUGUCUCAUGAACUUCAGCGGGAACGGGAAGAACGGAGCUUCCGAAGGCAGGAUCACGCACGGCUUCCAGCUCAAGAGCGCCUACGAGAACAACUUGAUGCCUUACACCAAUUACACUUUUGAUUUCAAAGGUGUGAUUGACUACAUUUUCUACUCCAACACCCACAUGAACGUGCUCGGAGUCCUGGGGCCUUUGGACCCUCAGUGGCUGGUGGACAACAACAUCACUGGGUGCCCACACCCCCACAUCCCCUCCGACCACUUCUCCCUGCUCACCCAGCUGGAACUCCACCCUCCGCUCCUGCCUCUCGUCAACGGGGUGCACCUCCCGAGCCGGAGGUAGUGCCGCCCUGCCCCUGGAAGGGCACGGACCUGUUCCCACGGACCUGUACAGUUGUAAAUCCAAGUAUAUAGGAGUGAAGUAUGGCCAACCUUAAGCUGCUGCUUCGAGCUCCUUUUCCUUAUGUGUUUGAUAUGAGAUUUUUGCACAUUUUGGUGCAUAUUGGUAUCAUUUGGCACUAGGGCUGGAACCAAAGUAUUAUUCCCCUUUCCAGGUUUUUAAUUUAAUUUUUUUGUUUUGGGUUGUUUGGUUUGUUUUUUUUUUAUUUUAUUUUAAACUGGCUUUUUGUUUUCAGUAGGAAGCUGCACUUCUAAACGGACAAAUGAGAUUAAUAACUUGGCAUUUAACAUAUUUCAAGGUAAUGCUUUUUUCCAGAACGUGGCGAAAUGAGCCAACCUUUUAAGACAAAAGAAAAGCAAAACUAGAGAUGGUUGUUUUGUAGGAAGAAUAUUAGAAAUACUGUUUGUUUGAACCCAAAACAGAGACUGAACUCUGCAUCCAACAUAAAAUUUGCACAUUAGUGAAGCACUUAAUACAUGACUAUAAAUGAUUGGCGGCGUGGCCCUGCCCCUCGUCUCACUACUAUCAGAAAACCAAAGAUAGCCAAAUAUCUGUGAUCAAAUUCGAGCUCUAAAUCCUCCUGAUGCCAAUUUAUUUGGGAGCUGUUGUCGGUCAGGGUUGAAUUAAAAAGCUGCUGGUUCCUUCCCAACUGUUAAUGCUCUUUUGGAUGUGUUGGAAAUCCUUUUUUCCUUCCUUUUAAUGCUCUGGGUGGCCAGUUCAAAACCUUGUGCCUGAAGAGGCAUUAAACAUGAUGCAGUUUUCUGAAAAAACAAAACAAAACACAAACCUGUUUGGCUGCUUAAUGUUUAAAAAAAAAAAAAAGGCACAGUGAUAGGAAAAGGUCGUGUCUGUGUUUUUAAGUUUUUCUUUAUUCUGCUUUUUUGCUGCUAUAAGAUUUUCUUGAAUUUCUAUUUGAAACUUUUCAUGCACUUUACUGUUUCUAGUCUCCAAAUGUGAUAUUUUUAAUAAAUGAAAAACAUUUUCCAUGAUGUGAAUGAAA